CGCGAGUGGGGGCUGGCCGGCACAGCCACAUGCUCCUGCCCCAAUCUUCCAGCGCCAUUGUUCGCUUGGCACAGCCAACCCCAUAUCACCCACGCCCCCUCAAGUAGCAGCCUGGAUAUGAACAGAUACGACACAGACGACAGCAUGCCUUUGACAAAUCAGGGCUCGAGUGAAACUUAUGCCGCAGAGUCGGUCGAGAGCGCACUUCCAAGGGGCACUCGCCCGGAUAUCCGCGAUAUCCAGAGGAUCAUCUGGCUUAUUCUGGCCGCAAACGUACUUACCAUCAUCUUUGUGGUGAUUCCUGUGGUCGUGAACUUGCCCGAUAUUUCGUCCCAGCCAGGAUGGUACGGCUGGGACGAUGUCAUUAGUCUGCUUGAGCCUAUGAUCACUCUCCCAAUGUCCCUCCUCAUCCUCUUCAAAAGCGGCUUCUUCUCGGGGACCAAGACGGACAGCCGAGCGCAAGUCGGGUUGUUGGUGUUCUUCGCAGUUGCCGCAAGUAUAUACCAGCAAGGCGCCGGCUUCCAUUCGGCCGCCCGCAUGUUCAAGCAUCCGAUCCAGUCCUUCAACACCGCCAACCCCGACCUGGUCACCCAGUAUCCGCAGCUCAAUGCCAUCUAUGUCUGGAUGCGGACCACCUGGGAGCACUACAUCGGUCACUAUAUGUACGCCAUCGGCGGGGUGCUGGUAUCACUGGCACAGCUCUAUGUCUACAGAAACACUCGCGCCCCACCCUUCAAGUCUCUCACAGAGAAGAUAUCGUGGGUGCUCGCUGUCCUCACUUACGGCAUCACCAUCGGCGGCGUCGCCAUCCAGUUCCCGAUGGGCACCUUGGUGGCUCUGGUCCUGUGCGUCACGAUCGGAUUUGCCCUGUGCGGCGGAUGGCUCUGGAAACACGGCAACUUCUUUUGGAACCGCGAGCAUCUCUUUUUCGUGCAGUACCUGUUUUAUGCCUACGUCAUCGGAUUCGUCAUCACGGUCGGAUGGAUAUCGAAAUAUGGUCUGCUGGCGAGAAACGAGGCCAACGGCGGGACAGUGUGAUGGCCAUCGUCGCUGGGCCUCCCAAUGCCCCUCCAAUACAUAAGCACGUUCGUCAGCACAAGCGCCAAUGAACUUCAUUUGACCUUCAUCCGCUUGGACGAUGUCGUGCUGGGCCUUUUCGUUUGUGGCAUGUCGGUCUGCGGCGUCGUCAGAUCCAAAUACUCCUGCGCGACCGCGUCCCGAGCCUCGGUCUGUCCCAGUCGGUUGUGAAGACAUGCUUGGAGGUGCAGCACUUGCAGAAUCGAGCUGGUCCACCGGAGUUUGCGGUAUG